GAGACUGGAUUUUAAUUGACUUUCUCUUGUCAGUUGACAAAUGACUUGGCUGUUCAUCUCAAAAAGAGUUGCUCUACUUUCAUCAGAGCAUCUGUGAGGACGUCUGCAGAAAUCUCCAAUGAUGGGCUACAACUACACCCACACUGUCUUCUCUGGAGAGCAGCUCAUCUAUGCUAUCACCAUACCACUGUCAACCUCCAUCAUCCUAGCUAAUCUCCUAAUCAUCUUGGGCAUUGCUUGGAACCGCCAGCUCCACAACACUCCCAACUACUUCUUCCUCAGUCUAUUAGUAGCUGACAUGUGCACAGGCGUGGCUCUACCUUUUAUACCAUUAAUGGGACUGAACCGAGAGCUGACCUUUAGUUCCUGUCUGGUGGCACACGUUUUUCCAAAUUUUCUGUUCCUGGCGUUCCUUUUCAACCUGGUGAUGGUUCACUAUGAGCGAUAUAUUUACAUCCUUGACCCUCUGCAUUAUGGUAAUCUGUGGAUGCAUCGUAAUUUUCCUCUAGCAUUGCUCAUAGUGUGGGCACCACCACUUCUGUAUGCAUCACUCCCUGCUUUUGGGUGGAAUAACUGGUCAGGGCCAGACUGGAAUGGUUGUUGUGAAAGUAGCCAAAGUAUAGUUCCUUUGUCAAACUGUUCAAUGAAUGUGACCACCUGCUGCUCAUACAGACGAGUGUUCCCCAAUGCUUUUAUCUACUUGGAGGUGUAUGGUCUUGUCUUGCCUGCUAUUCUGACGAUUGCUGGUAUGACUGGUCAUGUCCUCUGGAUCACCCGAGGUCAACUCAAGGAUAUCUGUCGCCUCCAUCGUUCAGUGGAGCGUGGAAGUCAGGCCUCAGACCAUGAGCAGAGGCUAAACCUGCGAUACACUCGCUGUGUGGUAGCAGUGUCACUGACAUUUCUUGCAUGCUGGGUACCCUACCUCAUUUACAUGCAUGUCUGCAUUGCGUUCCUGAUCAGUGACACCAAGUGGAGCUCCACCACUCACAUCAUACUGUCGUGCACUGGUAUCGGUAGCAUGGCUGUGGUGCCUUUAGUUCUUGGUCUAGCCAAUAGGCAGUACACAGAACCUGCUUACAAACUUCUACAGAAACUCAGAGACAGGUGGAGACGAAGGACAAGGGACUCUAAUGAAGCUGCUGUCUAAAGAAAUACUAAUAUGAAUAUUUAUGAACUUGUAAGAAAUUAUACUAGUGUGGACCAAGGCUGUACAGGAGGGAGCAGAGCUACAGAUUCCCUCAUAACUAAUUUAUUCGUCAUUCUACUGAAUUGGUGCACACUGCUUCCCCAUAACCAAAGAACUAAUUUACAGAGUAUUUAAAGCUAUAUUUAAAUUCUUCUGCAUCUAUGCAUCUUUGUUCUUGUUUCCAGCUUUUAGAAAAUCUAACCCGUCACGUAGUUUUGGCUACU